AUUUACUUCCGGGUUAUAACACCAGAAUCAAUUAAAACCACCAUACAAGCAAAAGGAGUCAAUUGAUCCGUGACGUGUCGUCUCAUUAAAAUAUAUCAUUUAACUGGCAGUGCACGAUAACGUCGUAAAAAUUUGUUUUAAGUUCAAUCUUGUAAUAAAUGAUCAAAAGCUAGAAACAUUUCUCUUGUACAUAGUAACAACUCAACAAAGUACUUUUGCUCUGUGGUAUCUGUAUAUUCUGUAUUAGUUUGUUAAUCUGUUUUAAAUCAAUUUGUAUGUACCAUUGUGAUCUGAACAAUACGUGUGAUUCGUAGAUAGAACUUUAGGUUUUUUUUUUUAUUUAUGGUGCUUGAAUUUUUAAUGGUGCUUUUUUGCUAAUUUAUCAACAUAUGAAUUCACACUGCUCACAAUUUUGAACACGAAAUGGAUUCUGUACAUCAAGUCAUUUCUCAAAGUGCUGCUCUCAACAAAACAGUGGACAAUGCAGCCAGCAAAUCGGAAGCAUUUCACUGCAAUACUGGAUACCUGAUGAAUGCUCUGGGCUUGUUUCUGCAGUUCUUGUUGGCAGUGCUGGCAUUUACAUCCCUUAUCUUGAAAAGAUUUUGUGAACCAAAGUAUGAAAGGAGACCAUGGAAAAUUUGGUUUUUUGACACAUCCAAGCAGGCUUUUGGAGCUGCUGUCAUACAUUUUGCAAAUGUGUUCUUGGCAGAUGUGUUCAGAGGGGACCCCUGUACCUGGUAUAUUGUUAGCUUUCUUCUGGACUCGACCAUUGGAAUCUUGAUUAUCUACCUGGGACUUAAGAUCACUCAGCUCAUCGUGCACAGGAGGAAGAUGGAGACCCUCUACUUUGGGGAAUAUGGUACGCCCCCACAGUGCAGCUCCUGGGUGGGCCAGUGUGGGCUCUACAUCCUGGUGAUGAUACUAGAGAAGAUCCUCAUGACCGGCCUCAUACAGUUCAGCUUCUGGGAAGAUGUACGGAAGAUCAUCAUGUCGCCAGUGAAGGACCCCAAAGUGGAGCUUGUCAUUGUGAUGUUUGUUGUACCAUUGGUGAUUAAUGCAUUUAUAUUCUGGGUUGUGGAUAACUUCCUGAAGAGGAACACAAAAAACACAAAGACCAUCUACGUGAGCGAUGAUGAUCACUCUGUGCGCUACAAUCGCUCAGAAAGCACGGCUAGGUUGUACAAUCGUAUAGAGCGUGUUGAAGACGGUGACUCAGACAUCAUCCUCACAGACGACGACCCCGACGUGCGCCACCGCAGGAAUGACAGCACAGAGGAUCUCAUCAGUUAAUGCUCAUAGUUUGCAGAAGGGGAUGUCAUUGGAAUUGUAAAAUAGUGUGCCUGAAAUGUUUCAGACCAGGUUGGUUUUGUGCGUGUUCAUGUAUCACUUAUGAAUUUUGUUCCAGUAUUGGCAAGUAUGUGAUAACACAUAUUUUAAUAUACAUGUAUGUGAAUUCCAGUCAAAUGCAAUACUUUUUCAAUGUUCAACUUUUAUUUAUUCAGAUAAAUGAGAGUUGAAGCUUUUCUUACUUUAAGUGAACAUUGGCAAUGUCUGGUUAUUUUAGGGAUUGCGUCAAAUACCAAAAUUGGUAUAGGAAUAAUAUGCUUGUCAUUAGAUUGAAUAUUUGAAUAAGCACAUGAUUGGAGAAAGGUUCUUUGAAAUUUGUGGCAUAGAAGACAAUCAUUAUUUUGUAAACAAAAUGUAAUUUAUCAAUAUUUUUUAUUUACAUUUUGUAUUUUCUUAUACAUUGUAAUUGUAUUAAAAAUGAGAUAAAAUCAUAAAAAUGACACCAGCAUAGGACCCAAUUAAGUUGUUAUUUCUGAAAAAUAUCUCAAAUUCCUCUCAAUUUUGUCAUGCCUGCUUAUGGAAGCUUAAAAUUGAUGUCAAAGUGUGGCAGUAAAGUGUCACAGGUAAGUGCCAUGCCCAUAGCUCAAACGUCACACGUACAGGUCACAUUCAAUUUUGAGGAUUAUACAGCUAUGUCUAUUUAUUCAUUAUUACUAAUUAGUGUUGUAAGAACUUGUCAAAUAUCUUUAUUUUGUUGCUUUGUUACUGUUCAACAGUGCCAUUUUACAGAUUACCUCUGUCAGAAGUAAUUGUUUAAUAUUAGGUGGUAGAGCAAUGGCAACUGACAAUGAACUGUUUACUCAAUAUCUUCUUGUCCGAUUCAUGAACAAGAGCAAUAGCAUUUUAAUAUCUAAAUUUUGUAGCGUGAAAUAACCAUUUGGGGGGGGGGAUAAUUUCUGAAAUCAGGACAUUAAUGAUUAUUCAUGUUAAAAAACAACAUCAAUAUAUUUUCAAAUAUUCAAAUCAAGUUUCAUUGAUUCUUAUGGCAUUCAUUCAAUUUAAUUGCUCAAUAGUGUAUUCAUCUGUGGUUUAUUUAAAUACAUUACUUAGGGAAAUAUAUUAAAUAGGCACCGUAAUAAUAGCACCUGAGCAUUUUUAGUGCAGUUUCUUCCUACAUUAACAUAGUUUUGGCCCUCUUUUUAGUAAUAAAUAAAAGUAAGACUUGUUACACACCCUUCUUGUGAAGAAUUAGUGACUUAGUGAUACAACUGUUUGUAGAUCAUGCGCUUCUGUGUAUAAAGAUCCCAUUAUGAUUGAUGAAUUUUGUGACAACAAGUGGAAUUGCAUAUGUCCUAAUAUUUUCUUUUUACCUUCAAAUUCAUUAUCAUUAAAACUGUUAGCAGACAUAUUUUAAACAGGAGAAUUGUAUCUCAUUGAAGAAAGAUUGUAGACGAAGUUUUAACUGCUGUGUAUAUUUUCAUGGUAUUACUGCUGUUGAUAAUAAAUUGUUAUGUUAUGGUGGAUUGGUUAAGUGUUAGGUAACAAUAUUUGUAAAACCUUUUAUUGAGUUAUUGAUAACAAUAUUUGUAAAACAUUAGUAUUUGCUGAUGCAUCACAAAGCAUGACCUUCACUCUUAACAUCAUCGGCAUGGAAGGAGUUCACAUUUGAACUGGGUCAUCUUGAAAAUCCAUAAAAAAUUGAAAGAGCUGUUCUUUUAAAAUGAAAGAGAUGCUCAUGUGUAAAGCAUUUACUGCCAUCUUUAUUGAAUUGCCAAAACCAUCUCUAUCACUCUACAUAGUUGCAUUUUGAUAUCAUUAUUUUUCAUAGAUUACCAGGCAUUCAUUGUUGCAAAGACAACUAUUGAAUUCCGCUUAGUAUUAUGGCAAUUUAAUUUGCUUAAAUGCCUGCACAGUUUGUAUAAUAUUGCUGUGUAUUUUUUAUUUGUUUUCAACAUGUAAUGAGCAUGUUACAUAGGUAAGUGAGGUUUCUACAUAUAAUGAGCAUGUUACGUAGGUAAGUGAGGUUUCUACAUAUAAUGAGCAUGUUACAUAGGCAAGUGAGGUUUCUACAUAUAAUGAGCAUGUUACAUAGGCAAGUGAGGUUUGCUACUUUCAAAUAAUGUUGCUCAUCAAGUAUCAUAUGUAUCUGUAGUUCUGUACUGCAAGCAAAAUAAUACAAAGAAAUAGCAGAAUAGAAAACCAUAUCCAAAUCUUAUUUCUUGUUCACCACUUGAAUGAACCUGUAGACAGAAAUGUCAUGCUUGGAAAAGUUUGUCCAAGAGUUUACAGUUCAUCAAUUAGAUACUCAAAUGCAACCAUGUGCUUUUAUUUACUUCUACAGAUUAAUAUAAACCCAUGAUUGGUCAGCUCAAUCAGUGAUUGACAACUGUCUACUGGUCAAAUUCGUGUCUAUAUUAAAUUUUUAUAUGUGGUCAUUCAUAAUAUAAUUACUGCUAUUGUUGUUACUAUGUAUACUACUCAAAAUUUGCUAAGGAUCACUGUUUAUAGUAUGUGUAAUUGGAAGUUUACCCCUAUCUAGAUUCAGCCAUCGUCACGCAUCAAUGAUACAUCAAUACAUAAAAACAAAAACACACAUUCUAAUAUCAAAACCUGAAAAUAACAAUUUAAAUUAAAUUAAAUUGAAGAUAAUGUGAAAAUAAAAAGUGAUCCUUAGCAAAUUUUGAGUAGUAUAUUUUUUAAAUAUAAAUGUGCUUUAUUUUAGGGCAUAAAAUUCCAUUCAGGAAAAACAAAUAAUAUACAGAUUUAAAUAUUAUUACAUCAUAAUAUUUUUUCACAAUUUCCCUGGGAGAAUCUUUGUGUUUGUGUCUUGUGCCAUAUAAGCCAAUGUAGCUCCAGACCAGCAUGUGCAUUCUUGUAAUCUGAUAAGGAGCUACCAUGACCACUAAUGAGACUACAUUCUUGCAUGACUUAAUGCACAGGCUGGUGUGGAGCCAUGUAUGCAGCAUAAGAGCCGUUUUCCCAUUAUGCGGAUCUUCUGUAUCAUCUCUGUGUUCUCCUGCAGAACUACUGUCAUACUAUAUGGCCCCUUGUGCCAAGCAUCUCAUGUUGGCUGUUGUCUCUGAUGUUAACACUACACAUAGCUUGUUAGACUGUAUAUGAAAUACGCACUAAGUCUGAUUGUGCUCCCCUUUAUUAAAUGACGUAUCUCUUACUAAAAUCUCAGUAUUUAUCAUUUUUAGCUCCACUGGCCAAGGGCCAGCGGGGCUUAUGUCAUGGUCCUGUAUCCGUCGUGCGUGCGUGCGUCUGUGCGUUAACUUUUUCUUUAAACAUCUUCUCCUAAACUACAAGUCCAAUGCUGAUAAAACUUCCCACAAAUGUUCCUGGAGUGAACUUCUUUCAAAUUUGUUCAAAUUAUGCCCCUGGGGUCAAAUUUGACCACGCCCCGGGGGUCAAUAAAUUGAACAUAUGCUUAUAUAAAGCCUAUUUUGUGCAAACUUUACAAAAUCUUUUUGUCCAUAACCAUUGGGACUAGUGCUACCACAUUUGGUAUGUAGUGACAUUUAAUAGUUCUCUACUUUGUUUGUUCAAAUUAUGCCCCUGGGGUCAAAUUUGACCCUGCCCCGGGGGGUCACAAAAAUCAACAUAUGCUUAUACAAAGCAUAUUUUGUGCAAACUUUAAAAAAUCUUUUUGUCCAUACCCGUAGGGCCUAGGGCUACCAAAUUCGGUAUUUAGUGACAUCUAAUAGUUCUCUACUUAGUUUGUUCAAAUAAUGCCCCUGGGGUCAAAUUUGACCCUGCCCAGUGAUCACGAAAAUGAACAUACGCUUAAAUAAGGCCUAUUUUGUGCAAACUUUAAAAAUCUUCUGUCCAUAACCGUAUGGCAUAUGGCUACCAAAUUUGGUAUUUAGUGACAUCUAAUAGUCCUCUACCAAGUUUGUUCAAAUUAAGCCACUGGGAUCAAAUUUGACCGUUCCCCAGGGGUCACAAAAUUGAACAUAUUGGGCCUAUUUUGUGCAAACUUUAAUAUUUUAAUACAUACCAAAUUUGGUAGAAAUAGGCCCAAUGGUUAUGGACAUAAAGAUUUUUAAAGUUCUCUACCAAGUUUUUUCAAAUUAUGCCCCUGGGGUCAAAUUUGACCCUGCCCCGGGGGUCACAAAAAUGAACAUUUUCUUAAAUAAGGCCUUUUUUGUGCAAACUUUAAAAAUCUUCUUGUUCAUAAUUAUAGAGCCUAGGGCUACUAAAUUUGGUACGUAGUGACAUUUAAUAGUAAAAAUAUGUGAAAUAGAAAGAACGACAAUAUCUUUUGGACCUACGUUAUAAGCAAAGGACCUGUGCGACAAUUCCCGGGCGUUUUAGUCUGUUUAGAUCGCUGUCACCCCGCUCGCUUAUUGAAAUGCGCGCGCAGGCCGGGAACCUCGCUCUUUACACACACAAUAACAGCCACUAAACACAAUGGGCGCCAGAUUUGAUUUUUGACGUGCUGAUUUUUUUCUGGAAAUCACCAUGACAGACGAAAUCAAGUUAAACAAUUGGUAAGGAAUGAUUCAUGUGUAUGCAAUUAACAAUAUAUUUUGUUGAUUGCCCCAUUAAUUGAGUGAAACAAUAGUUACAAGGAUUUAUCACAUCGUCUGUGGAUGUUUCUGUUGAAACUGAAAGUAGAUAGAAGAGCGAGGUUCCCGGUCUGCGCGCGCGCGCAUUUCAAUAAGCGAGCGGGUUGACAGCGUUUUAAUUAUGCAUAAUGACGCACUUCCGUUGCUUUAGAAAAUGGCGAGUGAUAUACCUUGUCAAUAUUUAUACAUACAUAGUCGAAGUAUCGUUUUUAAGAAGACGUUUUGUCGGAAGAUUUUUAUUAAUUUAGUAUGUGUAUGCAUUAAAAUAAACAAUGGGUAACUUAAAAAUCAAUAAAUUAAAAAAGAAACAUUGUCAUUGACAUCGAGCGCCUAUGGUCCGAUCUUCAUGAAACUUGGCCAGAAGAUUCAUCCCGAUAAUAUCUUGGACGAGUUCAAAAAUGAUGCCGGUUGGUUGAAAAACAUGGCUGCCAGCGGGCGGGGCAUUUUUCCUUAUAUAGCUAUAGUAAAACCUUGUUAACACUCUAGAGGCCACAUUUAUUUUCCGAUCUUCGUGUAACUUCGUCAGAAGAUUUGUCCCAAUAAUAUCUUGUCACCAGCGACUUUGGGCCUUUCAGACCCUCUUGUUAAUGUGACAACAUUAACCCACUUGUGAAGUGCUGUUUUUCUGCGUUUAAGUUCUUGUUUAACAAUGUGUAUUAUGUACAUGCCAUUUACCACUGUUAUACUCAUGGUUGUUAUUCAUAAAUAAUAUAUCUUAUCAUGCAUGUUUAUGCAUGUAGCAUUUUCAUUUUAGAUGCUGAUUAAACAUCCUUGCCAUA